UUUGUUUUGGUGGUGAUUGUGUGUAUGUCAAUGGGUAUUUCAAUUAGGGCAAGUGAAGAGAAGGGAUAUGAGAUGCCAUUGAAUUGUAAGAAGGUUGAGUGUGCUUCCUAUGAGGUUAUUGACAGCCAAAAGGAGUACGAAAUCAGAGAAUAUAAAAAAGCUAUGUGGGUUUCUGCUCUUCCUAUCAAUUCUAGUUCAUAUGAAGAUGGAGCUUACAAGGGCUUUAACAUCUUGUUCUCAUACAUACAAGGCAACAAUGAGGAAGCAGCACAACUCAACAUGACAGCGCCAGUUUUUGUUGGUAUAAUUCCAUCAAAAGACCCUCUCUCCAACUCAACAUUUGUUGUAAACUUCUUGCUUCCCAACAAUUAUCAGAAAAAUCCUCCUCCUUCAACCCUAGCUCACCCUGUGGAGCUUCCCAAACAAAAUUAUGCAGCCGUGAGAAGAUUUGGUGGCUUCAUUUCUGACAAUGAAAUCCCUCUUCAAGUUUUGGCAUUGGAGAAAAGUCUCAAUGGUACAAAAUGGGAAUCAUCAAUUGUCAAGAAAAGUAAUGGGAAUGCAAUGACUUAUACGAUUGCUGGCUACAAUUCUCCUUUUGAUAAAGAGAAUCGCGUCAAUGAAAUUAUUUUCUGGUUUGAUAAAUGAAUAAAUACUAUAUGUAGAAACUAUUUUUAUAUGAAAAAAUGUUAUGUAAUAAAAUCGACUAUGUGGAAGUUAGAAUAAAUUGAAAUAGAGGAUGUGAUAAUCUA